AACACCAGUGAAACACAGUCUUUACUCAAUACGCCGAAAAUUCAGGGAGGGGAUGCCGCAACUUUGGGUCAAUUUCCUUACCAAGUCGCAGUUCUUGUUUUGAAUCGUUUCAUUUGUGGUGGUUCAUUGAUCUCGGAUCGAGAAGUUAUCACAGCAGCGCACUGCACUUUUAUUGCAAAACCUAAAUUAUUGUCAGUAAGGGUUGGGUCAUUAGAAUCAGGGUCGGGCGGAGAAACUCGAACUGUAUCACAAAUCAGACAACAUCCCCUGUUCAACCCGAUCACUUUGGCCAACGACAUCUCCAUCCUUGUGUUAUCGUCGCCCGUAACCUUGAGCGAAACGGUGGGAGUGGUCACUCUGGCAGACGAAGAACCGGAGGAAGCCACUUUGUGUCGAAUAGCCGGAUGGGGGAUCCGAGUUGAGAAUGGAGAACCCUCACCUUCCCUCCAAUGGGUAGAUAUUCCCAUAACCAAUGUCGAAAGAUGCCGUACACCACAACUUCCCAUUAGCUAUCAACUAUGUCUCGGCUAUGAAGAAGAUGGAAGAACAAUUUGCCAAGGUGAUUCAGGGUCCCCUGUUGUUGUGACUGGGUCGAGAAUUCAAGUCGGCAUUGUUAGUCGGGCAGCAGCAGUACCACCGUGCAGAGCGACGGGCUCUAUGCUGACCUUGCAUACCAAUAUUGCCAAAUAUAUUGGUUGGAUUAGAGGAGAGUUGCGGCCAAAUAAGCUUUGCGCCCUAUUUCUCGAGGGUUGCAACCGUCUCCAACUUUCCCUGCUUUGUCAAAAGAUACAACUUUUGUGCAAUGCGAACAAUAUUUUUGGAUAAAAUUCAGUAGUAAUGUACUUACAUUUUUUAUUUACUAUUUAACGUUGUGUGCAUAUUUGUAAGGCAAAAAAUAUCGUAAGAUUAAUUAAAAACGACUAAAAACUACAAAAAUG